CACAUUUUGUAUCAAGUGAAACCACUGGUUUGGGGGACUCACUGAGUUUUCUGGUUGAAUUCUAAACUUCAGGAAAAUAACAGAUAUCUGUCAUGAAGCUGGUAACUGUCUUUCUGCUGGUGACCAUCAGCAUUUGUAGCUACUCUGCUACUGCAUUCCUCAUCAACAGCUUGCCCCUUCCUGUCCCACUCGACAAAGUGUUACCUUCACCUCUGGACAGCAUUCUUUCCCUCUUGGAUCCAUUAAAGCGUCUUCUGAGAACUCUUGGCAUUUCGGUGGAGCACCUUGUGGAAGGGCUGAAGAAGUGUGUGGACCAGCUGGGACCGGAGGCUUCUGAAUCUGUGAAGAAACUGCUGGAGGCCCUGUCAUAUUUGGUGUGACGGCAAGAUAAAGAGAGAACAAAGGCAGAAGUGGAAGGAGGAUGAUGCUCCCAUGUCCUGAACUGAAACUACCCAAUUAUAGACUGAACGCCCUAAAAUGUAGUGACCUCUGAAAAGGAUGAUUAAAGCAAUGCAUAGAU